UUAUCACAUAUUUUGUCUUUACCAGCCGAAUGUGCUUUUCCAAAUUCAGCCCUUGCAUUAACUCUCAGGUGAACGAGGCACAGGUGAAAACAACAAGCUGAUUGAUGAACAGAUGUGAUUGGUCUGUCGGUGUCAAAAGUGACUACAAAAUGUCCAGUGUGUCUCAAUAACCUUUAUAAUCUUUAGAGUUAAAGAUAUAUUAGGAAAGUGUGAAGAGAAACAGUUUUUAGGUUUCAGUGGGGAGCUACAGUAGACUCACCAUGCCUUGGCCAAAGGGCAUAUUACUUUUUGUGAUGGCUGUGAUGUCAUUCAGCUCUUCAAUUGCUGGUCCAAAGGCCUUUUCUGAUUCUAGUGCUAAUGGAGCAGUCUCUGGAGACGCAAUUCAUAUUGGCAGACUUUCAAUUGGUGGUCAAAGUGUUGAACCUGAUAAUCAAAAGGAUAAAUCCAGACCUGCUUCAGCUGAACAAACAAUUGAGGAUGAACGGUUCCGGCUGGCAAGAGCUAAACUGCAACGACUGGGUCCUUCUCUACAGUGCGGAAAUGAUUCAAUGACCUUAAAUAUUAAAGGACACAGAACACCACACUUUCUGGUUGAGAGAGGAGAGGGGUCACCAGUGUCUUUGUCUGAGAUGCCAGCCAGCUGUGGUUUCUCACUUAAGCGGGCACGCAGGGAUGUUUCUCUUGUUGCUCCAUACACCGGAUGUAACGUCAGACAACAGGGUGGUAGUUAUGUUCUUCCGCUCAUUAUAAUGGGGGCUCCAGUGCAAAUGUCCUGCCCUGUAAGUCCUCGCCUUCCUGUGGUGUCCUGCACCUCCUCCGGUAUGAUCGUCUCAUUUGGUGUCAGAGGAGAUGAUGUUCUUGUUAAAGUUUCUGGAUCAUGGAUGCCUCUGUCUCUGACGUCCUCCAUGUGCUCGUUUACUCUGGAUAAUGUUGGUGGCUCAGUGGUGUUGACUGCACCAUUUACAGGAAGCUGUUGGGAUAGUCAGGACACCGACUGGAACUUGACUUUGCUGUUGGGAGACCGAGAAGUGGUUCUUUCCUGCCCAAAGGCAACAGACACACCGACUGUUCCCCCAACACCAUUUCCUCAAGGCUAUCCAUAUUUCCCAUUUGGAUACCCCUGGUGGUACCCUUGGAACCAGGCUCCUCCUGCUGCACCCCCCACAACUCCUGCUCCAGUUAAAGCCCCUGUUUACAAUCCAUUUCCAAUGUAUUACCCUUAUUACUAUGGAGGUUUCCCUCACCGAAGGCACCAUCAUCGACACCAUCAUCGGCACUGGUACCCUGAGUCUCAAGAAUCCUGGUUCCCAAUGUUGCCUCCUUAUGAAUUUGCACCAUUACAACCACUUCCACCACCCACCCCAGCUGCCCCUCAGGUUCAACAGUAUCCAGUUUUUCCAAUGCCAUUUAACCCAGUGAACACUGGUUUUAAAAACCCCUUCUGGCCUCCGGUACCUCAGUCAGUCUCUAAUCCUCAAAGUCUUAAUUCUCCUUGGAACAUCUGGGCUCGCAAACAGAAGAGAUGAACAUGGAGGUACUCUGCUGUGAGUUAAACUUGAGUAAGAGUCAUGCUAGCCUAAUAAAGCCUUUUAAAACUAAA